CAAGGCCAGUAGUUUCAAUUUUUAAUCAGUCAAAACGUUACACAGAUUGUAGAAGAAUUUAUUUCUACUAAUUCUGGAAUAAAUAAACCUUACAUGACCACCCUAUCUGGUAUUAUAGAAAACCGAAUCACACGCGUAUAGUAACUUGCGUUUUUCUGCAGAAGUUUGGAAAGCCUGUGGCGGUGCAUGUGCAGUGUCACUAUUCAUAGGGGAAAGUAGUCCCGGAAAAUUUGACGCUACAUACGGAGUUUGAAUCACAUUUGUAAACUUCCUGGUCUGAGCUGUUUGACGUAACAGACAACAUUCAUACAACGCUAUUUACCCACAAGACUACAGAGAAUAAUAGAUUAACCGAAGAUCCUUGGAGGCUGAUUUAUCCUCAUAGAUCCCAUGAUGGUGGAAAUCAACAUCUGCAGGCUGCGGCCCCCGGAACUCCCAAAAUUUCGCAGUCCACCGACUGAUUCUGAACAGAAAAUGAUCAAUAUCCGAGAUAGUUCUACAUCAUAUCAGGAUUAUAUAAAAAUUUGUGGUGGUGGUGAUAGUGAUGGAAUAAGUCCACCUUUUACUGAAUCAUCUAGCACUCCUGCACAGAUGACAACGACCUUGCAGUAUGUGACAACAGAAGUCACAAACUUUACAUCCUCACAAAAUGAUACCUUUCUCCCACCCAAUAUAAGCAAUUUGUCCUACAGUUCAAAUGAUUGGAUAGCUGGGCCUGUGGUGGUGGCGAUAAUUGUAUUUUUCCUGUUAGUCAUAUUAGCACUGUUUCUCAUCAAGAAAUACAAAGGAAGAAAGUUCCUAUACCAGAACAUCCUGUGUUACAUUUACAAAGCCCCCCCAACGAGGAGGGACAGGAAAGAGUCGCUCUCCUCUGUGGAGAGUAAGAAAUCAGGGAGUAUCUCGUGUAGUUUGGGUGAAAUUCAACAAAAUGGCAAGCAUGUCCCAGUGGUCUUCACAAAUCAGGUCACGGUAGAAGAAAUAGAUUUUAAACAUUCAUCCACUGCCCAACUUAUUGAUGAAACAAUGAUACUGGAGCAAAAUUCAAACACCAUAGAAGACUCGUCAGAUUGGGAUAAGAGUGCUUAUGAACAAGGUUCCACACAGAAUAACACACCUGACAAACAGAUUAAAACUGUUCAGCCAGAUUUAGAUGAUAGUGCUUAUGAACAGACUAAAACCUCUGACAUACAGAGAGACAACAAUGAUACAGAAAAGGAGAAGUCUAACACCAAUCCUCCAAAAAAGGAAAGAAAAGAAAUGCAGUCUGAAUCUGGUGACAUUUAAAAAAUACCAGUAUUUACAGUUAAAAUCACACCCACAGCAGAGAAAGCCAUACCCAAAACUUAGGAAAUCCUAUCUACUGAACAGAAAGCCACACCCAUACCCACAACAGAGAAAAUCACAUCUAAUGAAAAGAAAGCCACUCCUACAGCAGAAACAGUCUUUUACCCAUGACAGAGACAGCUCUCACUCACAACAGAGACAGCUCUCACUCACAACAUAGGAAACAAGAAUUAGAUAUUCAGGGGGGAAACUCCCUUGUGGAUAACACAAAGAAAUCUGUUGACUCUAAAGCAUACAUAAAUGAGCUAUAAUGAUCUCAGAUCUCUGUUUAACAGAAGUCUCACCCCUCCCCCAUCCCCAUCCCCACCCCACCCCCUCUGAGAUCAGGAGUGUGCUUUAAAUCUCAAAUGAAAGUCAACAUUUACAUGAUACUGAAGCAUGUCAAUGUAUUACAUGUUACAUUGUACAGAAUUUGACACAUUUAUAUUGGAAAUGUACCAUGACUGAAGAUUUUCUAAAACAUCUGGAAAAACUUUAAUUUAGCCCUUUUUGUGAAGCACAGUUUGCUUUGAUUUAAUUAUUAUAUGGUUUAAGGAGAAAUGAUGAGAUAUUGGUACAUUUUAAUGGUUUUGUGAUAUAAGAAUUGACGUUAGAAAUGAAAAUGCACAUGUAUUUAAAAUCUCAAAUAUUUCACUUCAAUUUUAACAUUUUAGAAAUACCAUAUCAUUCCCCUAUUAUAUGUACAUUUUACAACCCAAUCUUAGAUAAAUACAUAUAAGGAGGAAUAACACAUUGUUAUAAUGGCUGAUUUCAGCAAUACUGUAUUAGCAAUCUGAAAAAAAUUUAAAACCCGCGGAUCUACAGUUCAGCAAUCGACGUGCUAACCGGUUAUACUGAACUACUCAGAUAGGCAAUACAUGAUUUUUUAAAUUUAAUAGAUUGAUAUUACUGAUAUUUAUAUUUUCAUCCAUGUUUUAAAAGGAAGCCAGCCAUUAUGGCAAUGUAGAAUACCUCCUUAAUUACAGAUCUAUAAAUUGUGGGUUCAAGUAUAGCAGGGUUUUAUUUUUUUCCCUUCAGAUUACUUUUGUCUAGAACUGUAUAUAAAACUAAAUAAGGUAAAUUUGAAUCAUUGUACAUAUUGUCCACUUUCCAUCCAUAGAUGUGUUAUUCCUCCAGAAUCUUAUCCUGUAUAUAGUAUCAGAAAUUGAACAAUGUACCAGGUUUUUGUUGUGACACUGAUGAUGUCAUUUUUAGCUCACCUGAACCGAAGGUUCAAGUGAGCUUUCCUGAUCACAUAUUGUCCGUCGUCCAUCUGUCUGUCUGUCUGUCUGUAAACUUUUCACAUUUUUGACUUCUUCUCCAGAACCACUGAGCCAAUUUCAACCAAACUUGCCACAAAGUAUCCUUGGGUGAAGGGCUUUCAAGUUUGUUCAAAUGAAGGGCCAUGUCCCUUUCAAAGGGGAGAUAAUCACAAAAAUGCAAAAAUAGGUGGGGUCAUUUAAAAAUCUUCUCAAGAACCACUGGGCCAGAAAAGCUGAGAUUUACAUGAAAGCUUCCUGACAUAAUGCAGAUUCAAGUUUGUUCAAAUCAUGGCCCCCUGGGGGUUGGAUGGGGCCACAAUGGGGGAUCAAAGUUUUACAUACAAAUAUAUAGGAUAAAUCUUUAAAAAUCUUCUUCUCAAGAGCCACUGAGCCAGAAAAGCUGAUAUUUACAUGAAAGCUUCCUGAUAUAAUGCAGAUUCAAGUUUGUUCAAAUCAUGGCCCCCGGGGAUAUGAUGGGGCCACAAUAGGGGGAUCAAAGUUUUACAUAAAAUAUAUAGGAAAAAAUCUUCCCAAGAACCACUGGGCCAGAAAAGCUGAGAUUUACAUAAAAGCUUCCUGACAUAAUGCAGAUUCAAGUGUGUACAAAUCAUGGCCUCCGGGGGUAUGAUGGGGCCACAAUAGGGAUCAAAGUUUUACAUACAAAUAUAUCGGAAAAAUCUUCUUGUCAAGAAACACUGAGCCAGAAAAGCAGAUUUUUACAUGAAAACUUUCUGACAUAGUGCAGAUUCAAGUUUGUUCAAAUCAUGGUCCCCAGCGUAAGGAUGGGGCCACAAGGGGGGAUCAAAGUUUUACAUACAAAUAUAUAGGGGAAAUCUUCUUGUCAAGAACCACUGGGCCAGAAAAGCUGAGAUUUACAUGAAAGCUUCCUGACAUAAUGCAGAUUCAAGUUUGUUCAAAUCAUGGCCCCCGGGGGUAUGAUGGGGCCACAAUAAGGGAUCAAAGUUUUACAUACUAAUAUAUAGGCAAAAUCUUCUUGUCAAGAACCACUGAGCCAGAAAAGCUGAAAUUUACAUGAAAGCUUCCUGACAUAAUGUAGAUUGAAGUUUGUUCAAAUCAUGGCCCCUGGGGGUAUGAUGGGGCCACAAUAGGGGAUCAAAGUUUUACAUACAAAUAUAUAGGAAAAAUCUUCUUGUCAAGAACCACUGAGCUAGAAAAGCUGACAUUUACAUGAAAGCUUUCUGACAUAUAUUUCAGAUUUCAGUUUGUUAAAAUCAUGGCCCCCAGGGGAGGAUGGGGUCACAAGGGGGGUAUCAAAGUUUUGCAUACAAAUAUAUAGGGAAAAUCUUUAAAUAUGAGCCAAGGGACUCAGGUGAGCAAUGUGGCCCAUGGGCCUCUUGUUUUUGGUUGCUAAUACCUGUUUAUGUUUGUCAGCUUAAUUCAACUUAAUUAGUAGAUUAUCAUCCAGGGUCAGCAAAAAGUAUGGGGCGGGUGGGAGGAUUUUAUAUCUUAAUUUUUAUUUUCUGAGAAAAAUAUUAAAGACAAAUGAUUUUUUUUUAUCAAGAGAUCCGCAUCAUUUAAUGCAAGAUGGAUAUCAAUCUAUGCUAGUUUCAAAGACUAAUUCCAGGUUAAGCUUUAAUCUAACGAUAUAACAGAAAUAUACCUAACUUCUUUAAGAUUUACGCCGGUAAGAACGCGAGAAAUUAAGAAAACCAUAUAGGUCUAUUUUCUUCAUGUAGCUUUUCACGUUGCUAUACCUGAAAUCUAAACAACAAGUGUAAAUACCGGAGUCGGACAUGAAAAUAUUCCGGAAAUCGCAAGUUUUGCAAAAUAAAAAAUUCGGGGCGGGCCAAUUUUUGAGGGGCGGGCGGGGAUGAUAAUCUAUCAAUUAAGUUGAAUUGGCCUUAUGUAGGUAGAACCUACUGGGCCUUGUAUACAAGAUGUUUUAAUAAAUUGUUUCAGCAUGAUAAAAGUCCGUUGGGCUUAAACAGCAACAUCUGCAGAUUUAUUUGUAUAAUUUUCAGCUCACCUGAGCUGAAACCUCAAGUGAGCUUUUCUGAUUGCCUGUCGUCUGGCUGUCUGUCUGUAAACUUUUUACAUUUUCGACUUCUUCUCCAGAACCACUGGGCCAAUUAUAACCAAACUUGGCCAAAAGCAUCCUUGGAUGAAGGGCUUUCAAGUUUGUUCAAAUGAAGGGCCAUGUCCCCUUCAAAGGGGAGAUAAUCACAAAAAUGCAAAAAUAGGGUGGGGUCAUUUAAAAAUCUUGUUCUCGAGAACGACUGGCCCAGAAAAGCUGAAAUUUACUUGAAAGCUUCCUAACAUCGUGCAGAUUCAAGUUUGUUCAAAUCAUGGUCCCCAGGGGUUGGAUGGGGCCACAAUAGGAGAUCAAAGUUUUACAUACAAAUAUAUAGGAAAUAUCUUUAAAAAUCUUCUUCUCAAGAAACUCUGGGCCAGAAGAGCUGCAAUUUACAUGAAAACUUCCUGACAUAGAGUAGAUUCAAGUUUCUUGAAAUUAUGGCCCCCAGGAGUAAGAUGAGACGACAAUAGGGAAUCAAAGUUUUACAUUCAAAUAUAUAGGGAAAAUCUUGAAAAAUAUUCUUGUAGAACCACUGAGCCAGAAAAGCUGAAAUUUACACGAAAGCUUCCUGAUAUAGUGCAGAUUCAAGUUUGUUAACUGGGGCUAGGAUGGGACCACAAUAAGGGAUCACUCUGAGUUUUACAUAACUAAUAAAUAGAAAAAAAUCGUUAAAAAAGUUCUCUUAAGAACCAUAGGGCCAGAGAAGUUUACAUUUCAUGAAAGCUUCUUGAUAUAGUGCAGAUUCAAGUUUGUUCAAAUCAUGAUCCCUACCAGGGUAGGGGAUCAAAAUUUUACAUACAAAUAUAUAGGGAAAAUUAUUAAAAAUCUUUCUGAAAAAUCACUGGGUCAGAAAAGUUUACAUUUACAUGAAAGCUUCCUGACAUAGUGCAGAUUUAAUUUUGUAAAAUUCAUGGCUCCCGAGAGUAGGUUCGCGCCACAAUAGGGAUCAAAGUUUUACAUGCGAAUAUAUAGGAAAAAUAUUUAAAUAUGAGCCGAGAUGACUUAGGUGAGCGAUGUGGCCCAUGGGCCUCUUGUUUGACCAUUCAUCAUUAUUUUUAUUUUAUCUGAGGAAGUUUUAACUUAUUUGCAACUCUUAACUCGGAUGAAGUAUUGUAAAGUUUUAUAAGCUUUGUAUCCUCUACAAGUUUAUGCAUGAAGUAUGUUUUAGUUUGCAGAGAUGUACGGAAGCCGAUAGGUGCCAGGGUAUAGAAUUGAUAUUUAUUUAACUGGCGGUCGCCACUUAAUUUAUGUGGCAGCCGCCACUUAAUUUAACUGGCGGCUGCCACUUAUUAUCUGGUGGCCGCCACUUAAUUUAUGUGGCGGCCACCACUUAAUUUAUGUGGCGGCUGCCACUUAAUUUAUAUGACGGCCGCCACUCAGUUUAAAUCAUUUAUAUGGCUGUCACCAGUUAUUCAAUUCCUCUCUCUUUCUCUAUCUCUCUCUCAAGAUGAAAGGGGUGCAAUCCCUCCCAAUGCUUAGUAAUAUGUAUGUGAUAUAUAUAUAUAUAUAUAUAUAUGUAUAUAUACACACACAAUUAAGAGCAUUAAAUUAUUGUUUUUCGAUUGUACUGUUAAAUACGUAGAACCACGGAGCUGACCCUCCAUUUUUUUUGACAACGUUCAAUUACUAUUAUUUUCACAUGCAAACUAUAAUUAUUUUCACAUGUGAAAUAAGAUUAAUUGGCGGAUUGGCCCCCACCCCACUCUUUUGGUGGUAGUAAUGAAUGGUAAAAAUGUAAUAAUGAAUGAACUGAUCAAUUGAAGGUUGAACGGAGCCCUCUCCCUCCAAUUUAGGAGUACGAAGUUUGGACAAAAGAGACAUUUUAGGUUCCUUUUCUGCUUGUCAACAAUUGUAGAAGACAAUUUCUCCUCCGACUGUACCUAUACACUUUGAAAAACGAUGCUGUGUGUUUGCGUACUAUUCUUAAUCUUUCCAAAAUAAUCACUCAGCGAUAUGAAUUACAUUGUUAGCUCACCAGAACUGAAGGUUCAAGUGAGCUAUUCUGAUCACAUUUUGUCUGGCGUCCGUCUGUCCGUAAACUUUUCACAUUUUCGACUUCUUCUCCAGAACCACUGGGCCAAUUUCAACCUAACUUGGCCAAAAGCAUCCUUGGGUGAAGGGCUUUCAAGUUUGUUCAAAUGAAGGGCCAUGUCCCUUUCAAAGGGGAGAUAAUCGCAAAAAUAGGGUGGGGUCAUUUAAAAAUCUUCUUCUCAAGAACCACUGGGCCAGAAGAGCUGAAAUUUACCUGAAAGCUUCCUGACAUAUUGCAGAUUCAAGUUUGUUCAAAUCAUGGCCCCCGGUGGUAGGAUGGGGCCACAAGGGGGGAUCAAAGUUUUACAUACAAAUAUAUAGGGAAAAACUUUAAAAAUCUUCUUCUCAAGAACCACUGAGCCAGAAAAGCUGAUUUUUACAUGAAAACUUUCUGACAUAGUGCAGAUUCAAGUUUGUUCAAAUCAUGGCCCCCGGGGAUAGGAUGGGGCCCCAAGGGGGGAUCAAAGUUUUACAUACAAAUAUAUAGUUAAAAUCUUUUUCUCAAUAACCACUGAGUCAGAAAAGCUGAUAUUUACAAGAAAACUUUCUGACAUAGUGCAGAUUCAAGUUUGUUCAAAUCAUGGCCCCCGGGGGGUAGGAUGGGGCCACAAGUGGGGAGGGGGGUCAACGUUUUACAUACAAAUAUAGGAAAAAGCUUUAAAAAUCUUCUUCUCAAGAACCAUUGGGCCAAAGAAGUUGACAUUUACAUGAAAGCUUUCUGACAUAGUGUAGAUUCAAGUUUGCAAAGGGUAGUUUGGGCCAUAAUAGGGACUAAGGUUUUACAUGCAAAUAUAUAUGGAAAGUCUUCAGAUAUGGGCCAAGGUGACUCAGGUGAGCGAUGUGGCCCAUGGGCCUCUUGUUUUUGCAAUUGGCAGCUGCCAUAUAUGAAUUAAAUGGCAGCCGCCAGAUAAAAUAACUGGCGGCCGCCAGUUAAUUUAUAUGGUGGCCGCCAGUUAAUAAGUGGUGGCCACCAGUUAAAUUAAGUGGCGGCCGCCAGUUAAAUAGAUAUUAAUUCUAUACCCUGGCACCUAUCGGCUUCCGUAGAGAUGUGAUCUGUUUCAUUCAUGGUGCUGAGUUUAAGUUAUAAGCCAUUCUUGUUAUCAAAUUAACUUUUACAUCUAUUGAAUAUUGGAAAUUGUUUUUAUUUUUAAAGUCUUCAAUGCUGGUUUGAGGCCAGUGCGCGUGACAUAAUUUAGCACAAAAAAAUCUAUGUAACUCUUUUAGAGAGUCUAGGAAACAUCAAAAAGUUCAGGAAACACCAAAAAAUCUAUGUAACUCUUCUAGAGAGUCUAGGAAACACCAAAAAAUCUACGUAACUCUUCUAGAGAGUCUAUAGGAAACUGGGUUUUUUGCAGAUGUUUUUUGAUGAUAUUUUCAAUACACCUCAGUAUUACAAGUAAAAUGUGUUCACUGGUGUUCAGAACUGCUCAUUGUUGACAAGAGGACGUGACACUGCUUUAUGUUUUCUAGAGCCUCAGUUGUUCGUAGGGAUUUACUCAGAAUGCGUUUGUAUAAGUUUUGUAGGAGGAUGAAGUGUUGAUGAAGAUAGUAUAAUUGCAUUUUAUGUGCAGAAUGAAUUUGCCUUAUAUAGAGAACAGAACUCAUUUAAAAUGAAGAUUGCACAAGGUGAGAAAAGUACCUGCAAAUAGGUAUAGGAAAUACAAAAAUAAAAUCACUCUCAAAAUUGUAUUUGCCUUAUAUGGUUUACAUGCAGAACCAAAAAUUAAAUUGAAUUUGCCUUAUAUUGUGUAGAGAACUCGGAGUAAAAUUGAAUUUGCCUUAUUAUAUAGCACACAGAACUUCAUAUUAAAUUGAUUUUGCUUUAUCAUAUGGUAUACAGAACUCAGAAUGAAUUUGCCUUAAUUUUGGUGUACAGAACUCUGAAUAAAUUGAAUUUGCCUUCAAUGGAGUACAGCUAGAUUUCAAAAUUAAAUUGAAGAUAGAUGAACAAGGGGGAAAAUGUGCCUAUGAGUGGCUGGAUAGGAAAGACAAAUAAAAUCACUAUGAGAAAGAGUUCGGAUUUGUUAAUUAUUAAAUUUUACCAUUUCAUAGUUGAGCUUGUUGAAUUUUCAAUGUUUGUGGGUUGACUCUCCAUUUUUUGUAAUCAUGCAAAUACUUAUAGAAACACUAAAAACAUAAAUUUUUCAGUCUUCAAAAAGAAUAAGCAAUAUGACCCACUAGAUGAAAGCUGUAAAAAAAAACUUGUACAAAAUAAUAGCAUUUUGUAAAAAUAUUCUCAAGUCCCUUAUAUUGAAGACGGUAUAUCAUGCAUGACUUAAAUCCCCAUGAAUAUUAUAAGCAAGCAGGUCAAUCAUUGGUAUAAAUGUUGUGAACUGUAAUAUUCAUAACUGUGUUAAAUUCAUAUUGUUCUACAUCAAUAUUUCAUAACUGUAUAUUUAUAUAUUACAAAUCGCAUUUUCCUCUAUGAACCAACCAAUUUCAGCGCGCGACACAAUCUGUUCACAUUGACUAUGAACAGAUUAUGAACUAGCUUAAAGCACGCGACUGAGAGAGCGUAAUGGUUUGAAAAAAAAUAGAACAUCUGUUACAAAGAUCUCGCAAGUCACACCUUUGGAUUAAGAUUGUAAACUUACGUGGAUUAUCAUCCCAAUCUUGUGGUCUCCUACCUCCAAAAUACAGUGCACCUUGCAAUGUUGAUAAAAGGCAGGGUGAGACGAAGUGUGACGUCAUGUCUAUGUGUUGACGUACGUCACAAUAACUACUGUGACAGAGGCUAGGAGUUCGUUUUAUGCAACAAAAUAGAAGCAAUGUAAACAACCGGUGUUUUAGUAAAUGAAUAUAAAUAUAAGAAAUGAACAUCACUUUUGAGCUGUUCAUGGUCAAUAUGAACGGAUUUGGAUUUGAGGCAAAUCUAGUCUCAAAGCUAGCGCGAUUCACAGAAUUUGCCUCAAAUCUAAAUCCGUUCAUACUGACCAUGAACAGCUCAAAAGUGGUGUUCAUUUCUUAAAUAAUAAUUAUCUUAAAUGUGCUAUAUUGUUUCCCGCAAUAUGAUGUCAUAUCUACUUAUACAUAUAUAUGUAUUGUGACGUCAGCACAACAAGUUAGCAGUUCAAAUUAAAUAGUCAAAGUGAACAGUUGGGUUGUCCAUUCAACACGAUUCUCUCACACAAUAAACUGCUGGACACUAAGGUGAUUUGUAAGUAGAGCAUUAUGGGUAAUGGGUUCGAUACCUGAUAACCUCUUAUAUUUUCAUAAAUUUUUGGGAGAAAUUUAGUCUUCUGUUUGCUCUGCAAAUUUCUCUUUAGGGCCGCAUUGUAAGUAGUGAUGAUACUCAAGGCUUCAUCAAAGUCCACUAAUGAAUUCUCUAUAGACACUAAGACCGAGAUGUGUCCAGGAGCGCUAUGUCUUUCUUGUAUUGCCCAGCUUUGUGGUUAUCCCACGAGAGACAGAGAGACAUUAACUCCAUGGAGCACCUCUGGAGAAUGAAAUUCCAGUGGGCCUGAAACCAUUUGGAGACAGGCCCGAUGCUUGAUGUGGCAAUAAGUUGAAAACCCCUAGGAACCGUUUUCUGUUGCAGAUAAGUAUUUACAUUAGAGAUGCGAUGUUGUGUCUUUACAAAUUUUUGAUGUUGCUUCUUGGGGGUUUUGAAUGUAAGAUUGUUUUUGAUGCACAUUAUAAGACUAUGAAAUGAAUGAAUAGGGCCAGAAAUGAUGGUGCAAAAAUCAUGGAACAUUUACUUAUUUAGAACAAGAGGUGGAAAUUGAAUAUGGAACGCAGAAAUGAAAAGGACAUGAAAUACACUAAUGAACACAAAAAUUAACAGAAGCGGCAAGAAUAUUGAUUGAAAAUAAUAAGGAAAAAACACUUCAAAAAUAAUAACAGAAAAAAGAGAAGCAUUCCAUAGUCGGGGAUAUGAGAUCUAUUCAGAGACCAUCUACUGAAUCAUUGGUCAAGCUCCUGGAACAUGUUCUCAAGUUAAAUAACUACAUGUUCAAUGGCGAACAUUAUCUACAAAUUAAUGACACAGCCAUGGGCAUCAAAAUGGCUCCAAGUUAUGCCAACAUAUAUCCAUUUUUUAUUGUUUACAUUGCAUAACUAAAGUAUUUCUAAUGUCAACCAAAAUUUGAUUUUCAGUUUUUGAGUUACAAGUGAGAUACAUCACUCACAAUUCUUUGUUACCAGUACAUAAACAAGGCUCUUGCCAUGUUUUUGUUAACAAAUAGAUUGCUUAAUAGAAAAUAGCAUGUUUAAAACAAAAUGAAAUUUGAAAAUUUUCAGUUCAAAUCGUGUCCAUGCCCCUUUAAAAUCAAAAGGGUCAAAGAACCCAUUGUCGAACAUUUCAAUCUUGCAGGACACAAAUGGGAAUUAAGACAUGACAGUAGUGGUUAUUAGUCCCCUGCCGACGAAGUCGAAGGGGACUUUAGGUUUGCGCUCUGUCCGUCCGUCAGUCCAGUUUUCUACACUUUUUUAGCUCACCUGAGCUAAAAGCUCAAGUGAGCUUUUCUGAUCACCCGUACAGGGGUCAACAUUUACGUAUGUCCGCUUGUCCGGUACCAGUGGAAAAACAUUUCGGACAAGUGAGUAUUGAUGGGCACUUGUCCAAUUGGACAAGUGCUUUUUUAUGUAAAGAAGUCUCCAAACAACUUUGUGAAAAGUUUAUCGGUAGUUGAGAGUUGGAAGUACAUUUAUAAUGCAUGGAAAAUGAACUUCGAUCGCUAUGUAAACUAGCUGAGUCAAACUCAAUCGUGAUUGGUGUUCACUUAUUGCGUACUACUUUCAAUCACCCAUUGCAAUCUCUUACCAGAGAGCGUUACGCUACGCUCCACAACGUAGCGCGCCCUCUGGUGAGAGAAUGCAUCCAUGGAUCUUACCAAGUCAUUGAUUCAAGAUGGGAAGUCUAGAUAAAAUUUUGUUUUAUGCGUUUGUUGUUUUUAUCAAGAGAAUAAGAUUAAAAAAAAAAUCAAUCAAGCAGGUAUAAAAAUAGACUAUAUAUUAAGUAAAUUAAAUACAGUUUUCAAGUUGACGAUAUUAUAUCCUUUUUAGAAAAUUUUAAGGACAAGUGAAGUUGAAGUUCGGACAAGUAAAUAUUUUGUCCGAAUGGACAAGUAGGAAAAAAAGUUAAUGUUGAACCCUGCCAUAUUCCGACGUCUGUCUGUCCGUCUGUAAACUUUUAACAUUUUUGAUUUCUUCUCAAAAACCACUGGGCCAAUUUUAACCAAAGUUGGAACAAAGCAUCCUUAGGUAAAGGGAAUUCUAAAUUGUUAAAAUAAAGGGCCAGGCCACCUUCCAAGGGGAGAUAAUCAAGAAAAGGUAAAAAUAAAGUAGGGUCAUUAAAAAAUCUUCUUCUCAAGAACCACUGGGCCAGAAAAGAUGAAAUUUAUAGAUAAACUUUAUUAGGUAGUGCAGAUUCUAAAUUGUUAAAAUCCUGGCCCCGGGGGGUUGGAUGGGGCCACAAUAGGGGAUCAAAGUUUUACAUACAAAUAUAUUUGACAAAUCUUUAAAAAUCUGUUUCUCAAGAACCACUGAGCCAGAAAAGCUGAGAUUUAUAUGAAAGCUUCCUGAUAUAGUACAGAUUCUAAAUUGUCAAAAUCAUGGCCCCCGGGGGGUCGGAUGGGGCCACAAUAGGGGAUCAAAGUUUUACAUACAAAUAUAUAGGAAAAAUCUUUAAAAAUCUGUUUCUCAAGAACCACUGAGCCAGAAAAGCUGACAUUUAUAUGAAAGCUUCCAGCUUCCAGGGUUUUAACUCUUAGACUAUAGAUGGGUCCAAAUUAGUCACAUCUUUUGUUUUAAUAUUAAUCCACCUAUUAUAUUAUGUAAAGCCUUUCAUCAGUGUAUGCACUUUUGAGGGUUUUAAAAACAUACAUGUAUCUUGUUUUAUACUGUUGGUGAACAUUAGAAUUUAGCUUAGCUCGAUAUUCAGAACAGGAUAUUUUUUCUAGAUUUCACAGUCCUUGGGAGUAGUGAUACUUUCUCACUAGUACUCGGGUGAUCAAUAAGGCCUGUGGGAGUAGUGAUACUUUCUCACUAGUACUCGGGUGAUCAAUAAGGCCUGUGGGAGUAGUGAUACUUUCUCACUAGUACUCGGGUGAUCAAUAAGGCCUGUGGGAGUAGUGAUACUUUCUCACUAGUACUCGGGUGAUCAAUAAGGCCUGUGGACCUCUUGUUUAUAUCCCUAGAUUGUAUUAUUUGAAUGAAACUAUUUAAUUGCAUUUAUUUUGUUAUUCAAAAAUUGUUUUAGUCCUUUUUCCGACUGCUCUAGUAAAGCGUUCAAAAGCAAAUGAGCCAUAUACACAUUUGUCAAUAUAUAGAUAUUAAAUCAGUACAAGUUCUGUUAGUUACCUUGUUAUAUUGAUUCUAUGUUACAGAAAUGGGCAGCAGCUAUAUGAUCUACAAACUCAUGAAAGUGUGAAUUAUCUCAACAACAAAGCAGAGAAGGGGGAUAAGUGGGGCGAAGCUCAUGAGACCGUAAAUUAUCUAGACAACAAGGCUGAAAAGGGGGAGAAGUGGAAUGGCAGGAACAAGAACAUAAAUGGUCUGGACAAAGAAGAUUGGGAGGAAGGUCACAGAAACG